GACCUGUGACGUGUCAGAAGUUUGGGCAUACGUCAUCAGCCUUUGUCAGGCAGUUGUAGCAGCAGCUAAUCGUGCAGGAAUAAACGCAAAACGAUACACGAUGCGAUAUCAGACACGGUGAUUUGUAUGAUCGCUUAUCAGUUCACGAGAAGAUGUGUGAUCUGCGCGCGGCGCUCGUUCACGAGGGCUGGUAUCUCACAGAUGAAGGAAUCGAAGAGUGUAAAAGUGCUUCAGAGAAUCAGAAAGAAUCACUCGCUCACAUCAUUCAAGCAGCAUUAAAUACUGAUCUGAGACCCAUAGGAAAGAGUUUCCUGCCCGCAGACAUCAACAGUGGUCGAAUAGAAAAGUUGGAGGGUCCUUGUGUUCUUCAGGUGCAGAAGAUUCGUAACGCGUCGGCUCCUAAAGAUCAUGAAGAGUCCCAGGCGGCACCCAGAAUGUUGCGUUUGCAGAUGACAGACGGUCACGUUACCUGCAACGCCCUUGAGAUAAAACAGAUGACUAAAAUCAGUCUGAACACUCCACCUGGAACCAAAGUGAAACUUCUGGGAAGUGUGGAGGUUAAGAAUGGAAUCCUGUUAUUGGAUGAUUAUAAGAUCUCUGUUCUUGGUGGUGAAGUGGAUCACAUGAUUGAGAAAUGGGAGUUCCAGAGGAGCCUCGCCAAACACAGCCGAAGAAACAUCGCAGCUGAAGGUGGACCGCCUCCCUUUGUUCCCUUUGGACAGAAGUGCGUUCAUAAGGAGCAGGUGGACAGUAAAGCUCUAGACCAGCGGAAAACCCUUCAGACCACCAACACUAUCAAAAACGCCGACGACAACGACGAGUUUGCCAAACAGAGAACGGCCGCCAUUGCAGAGGUGGCGAAAAGUAAAGAGACUCGGACGUUUGGCGGUGGAGGUAACGCAGGUGGAAAUCUCACCAAUCCAGGUUCCACCUAUAAGAACCGAGACCCUUAUCAGAGAAAACGAGAUGAGAAAGAAAAGCCGUGGACGGAGAACAAACCAGAAGGAGUUUACAGAGAUUUGGUUGAUGAACGCUCUCUGAGAGACAUCAUGGAGAUGGGUUUUAACCGAGAAGCAGCUCGACAGGCUCUGCUGGAUAACAAUAAUAACUUAGAGGCAGCACUUAACUUUCUGCUUACCAGAACUAACCAACCCAAACCAGUCCAGACAGAUCAGAGCCGUCCGCCAGCCCGAGGAAAGGGACGUGGGCGCUCACGUCAGGGUGAAGAUGAGGAGGCUGGAGGAAGACCGUCAGCUCCCAGCACGCUCUUCGACUUCCUGGAGUCAAAAAUGGGAACGUUCUCUAUUGAUGAGUCAAAGAACCAUUCCUCACAACAAGAUCACCAAACUAAGAUGAGCUUCCUCAACACUGACCAAACAUUCAGAGACGGCCCUCAUCCAAGACAACAACAACAACAACACCCUCCACGAAAUGAUGGAAGAUCACAGAGAAACGACAGACCGCCACGUUUCCUGAGGGAUGGAGACUUUCCAAAACCCAACCCAACGCCCUCCUCCGCUCUCUCAGGGCAACAGAAAUGGAGAGAUGGGAGGUCCAGGGAUCAGCAGGGUCCUUCUGGAAACUUCCAUCAGGGGUCGAGGGAACAUGCCGGGUCUAAAGGAUUCCAGCAGGAGUCUCACGGUGGCGGAUGGAAAGAGCAGGAUGGGCCGGGAAGAUCCGAUCCUUCGGCGUUUAGGAAGAACCAAGCGAACGGUCCGUCUGCACCCAAGUCAUUAAAUCCCGCUGCUCCGGAUCCUAAAGGUAGAUACGAGACCAACAACAGAAAGAAAGGCAGACCAGAAAGGCCCAAUUCAAGCUACAUGGAUCGUACCCAAGACGCACCAGGCGGCACGACCACGAGAAAAGACUGUACAGACGAUCAGCUGGUGAAAGGAGGCGGAGUUUCAAACCUUCAACUUCCUAACGGUGAUUGUGAACACAGACGGAGUGGUCCAAUCAAACCCCAGUCCACAGGCUCGUCUCAGAAACAGAGUCACACGCAGAAAAGAUCAGGACCAAUCAAAGGUCCAGCAGCGCAUGGAGUCGACACACAGAAUCAUGGCAACUGGAAACCUGGUGACCAGUGUCUAGCGCUUUACUGGGAAGAUAAUAAGUUUUACCGUGCGAGGAUCGAUGCGGUUCAUCCCUCGGGCUCGACGGCUGUGGUUGUGUUCAGUGAUUAUGGGAACUGUGAAGAGGUUCUGCUUCAAAACAUCAAACCUCUGAAUGUGGACGUAUGGGAAGAUGAAGAGGUUUAUUAUGAGAAUUCUCUAGAAUUUCGUCGAGGAGGAGACGGACAACCUCGCCGAUCUCGACCGACACAACAGUACUACCAACCGCCACGAGCGAGGGACUGACACGCAAACACAAACACAAACACAUACACAGCUUCUCCAUAGCUAGACACUCAAUUAGUUUCAGCAAAUUAACACACUUAACAUGUUAGUUUAACUCGAUUCAGGGUUAAGGACUAGAUGAGUUCUCUUUAGUAUCUUUAGCAUUGAGAUGUUUUCUCCUCCUGCAGUCUUGUCUGAUCAUCGACAGGAAAGCCGUGGAGAUAUGACAAAAAUACAUUCAAUACAAACACUUCACAAUAAACCUCAGUUUAUUACCAUUACUAAGUUAACGUCAACUAGCAAUGAACAAUAUUCCUAUGGCAUUAAUCUUAGUUAAUGUUCAUUUAACCAAUGCAUUUAUUAAAUCAAAAGUUGUAUGGGUUAACAUGACUUAAACUUACAUGAAUGAACAAUGAAUAAUGAAUCUUAUAAAAGAUGAAUAAAUGCUCUAGGUGUUUGUUGUUUAUUGUUAGUGAAUGCAUUAACUAAUGUUUAUAACUGAGACUUUAUUGUAAAGUGUUACCAACGUUCUUCUCCACGAUAAAGUUCAUUCUCUACCCAGACUCUUAUUACUGUAAUGACUCAUUCACAUCAUUGAAUAAAAAUAAAAAUGUUUAAUUUGUAAGGUUUAUGGUUGUUUUGCCCAUCUGCUAAUUUAAAUGAAAAUUCUGGCCUUAUUUUAACACUAUUACAGUAAUGAGAAUCUUAGAUGAAUCACUAUUAAGAAUGAGAAUGACAAAAAACAUCUGAGAAGAAUGAACGCUGAUGUGUUUUAUUGUCCAGAGAAUAACACAAUGCAGGAUUACAAAUCAACAGAUUACUCGCAUACAAAAGAAAAGAUUUUAGGUACAUGUUUAUGCAAGAUGAAUUGUUUUUUAUUUGAGGUGAAAUCUGAUCUGUGAGAUUCACCCAACAGGCAUGAAGUAGAAAUGAGGCGAUGUUUAUGAUUUCACGCCUUGUUUAAUAUCUGUGAGAUGUUUGUGUUGAAAAUUAUUGAGAAGUAUGAUAAUCUGAUCUCUGGUUAAAGAGAUGAAAGGUCAUAUGACAAAAGUGUCUGAUCUCUGUCUCUGUAAGGGCUGAAUCCAUCAAACCUGGACUCUUGUGUUAAUGCCAAUGGCUGCUGUAUACAGUGAAUAUUUGUAAAGGAUUGAAUUAUUAAAGCGCUAAUCCUUUUGUUCAAAGUU